CAAAACAAAACAAAAUUAAGAGAAAAUUAAAGUAGAAACAAAAAAUCUAGAAAAUUUUUGUGUGACUCUGCAUACUUUGGUGGUGGUGGUGUUGUACUGCUUUGGUGGUGUUGUUUUGCUUUGCUGUUGAGUGUUGAGAUCAAAAUCUCUCUUUCUUUCCAUUCAUGAGCCAAAGGCGAUUGAUGGGCAUCUCUCAACCAUCGUUCUCACAUUCUAUACCACAAGUUUUGAUCAAGAUAUUUUGCAUUUCUCGUCUCUAAUUUCACAAUCAGGUUUCCGUAAUAAUUCAUUACAGUACUAUUUUAGUCUCACUCUAACUCUGCUCCUCCACGCGAUGUAGCUUUUUUCGCUUUGAUUAUGGCUUUUAAGGUGACAUUUCUGUGUUUUUUAUAUCAUUUCUGAGAUGGGUUUUUGUUGAAUUUCUAGGUGUUUGGUUUUGUAUUUUUUUUUUUGCUUUGUUGAAAGCAAACGAGGUUGAGAGUGCCACAUGGGAUUGGACCGACCAAGGAGAAUCGAAGAAUUCGCAGUUGUAGUAGUAGUAGAAGAAGAAGAGGAAGAAGAGGAAGGAAGAGGAUAAUCGCAGUUGAAUUUCAAUAUAGAAAAUUCGUUCGAUAGUUGCUACUCGUAUUAUGCACGCCAAGAGCUCGACGAAUUGCCUCACAGCUUCACAAUCACUGACCCGUCCAUCUCUGGCCACCCUAUUGUGUUUGCGAGCAAAGAGUUCUUGAAGGUUUUCGGGUAUACGAAAGAUGAGGUGGUUGGAAAGAACGGCAGGGUUUUUCAAGGCCCAAAAACUGACCGGAAGUCGGUUAUGGAAAUACGCGAGGCCAUUCGUGAAGAGCGGUCUAUGCAGAUUAAUUUGUUGAAUUAUCGCAAGGAUGGGACACCCUUUUGGAUGUUGUUUCAUUUGAGCCCGGUUUUUAGUAAACAGGAUGGGAGGGUCAUCCAUUUUGUGGGAGUUCAGGUGCCCAUUUUGCCUCCGUGGCGGUCGAGGUGGUCUGCAAGUGGGGUUGUGAGGAAUGGGGCGAAUAUGUGUGAGGAGGGGGAUAGGGUGUGUGGUAAUACUAAUAUCAUGUUUGGAUCAUGUAGGAGGGAAGUGUGCUCGGAUACUUCGGUGGAAUUGAGUCGUGUUUUGGGCUUGAAGUCGGUGUUGGAUGAUAGUAGUAGAGGAUUAGGUAUUGAAGAAACAUGUGAGGCUAGUAAACUAGAGAGGCAAAAGGCUGAAGAUGCCAUUAACAAAAUAUUCUCUGUGCUAACCCGCCAUAGCAGAUUUGUUUGUGCAGAGAGACACAGCUUACCUGGGGCAGGCAUUCUUAGUUCAUCCUUAAAUAUCUCUCUUGGUAGAAUCAAACAAAGCUUUGUAUUAACUGACCCACACCUACCUGACAUGCCUAUAGUUUACGCAAGUGAUGCUUUCUUAAGAUUGACAGGUUAUGCUAGAGAUGAAGUAUUGAGGCACAAUUGUAGAUUUUUAAGUGGCGCGGAUACGGAUUUCUCAACUUUAUAUCAAAUAAAGGAAAGCAUACAAACUGAGCAGGCAUGCACAGUACGUAUCUUAAAUUACAGGAAAGACAAGAGUUCGUUUUGGAAUUAUCUCCAUAUAUCGCCUGUUCGUAAUGCUUCUGGAAAGGUAGCAUACUUUGUGGGUGUUCAGAUUGAAGAAGGCUGCAAGAACCAAGACAGAAAUGGUCUUUGCCCUGAGAUGAGGCAUCGUAGUGUCGUUGGCGCAGUUAAGGUUGCAGUAAGGAGCUUAUCUAUGGGUGCUGGCCCUUCUAGAUCAUAGAACAACCUCUGCAUUCUUUAUCUGUUGAUUGCUUGUGUUUUAAAUACUAUUUGUCACGCUAGUAGAACCUUGUUAGAUUCAUACUGUUUAUAUAUAAAAUGUUUCAAUAUAAGGUUGAAACUACGCAUGCGCAUGUUUCAGUUAAAUUGGGACUGACUAGAAUUGAUGAUCAGACAUAUCCGAUUUCGGAUUAA